AUGAGGCGUCCACUAGGCUGUGGACCGCGAUUGUUGUUGGCGUUUGGAUGUCUUUUCGUACUUGCAUUUGCGGUUACGCAGGUAAAUGCCCUCACGGUGGGCUGCGAGAAGGUAUGGUCAGGGCCAAGCUCCACCAACAGUGUGAAGGCAUGUCUCUCAAACAGAAAUCGCAUUGAGGACUAUUGGAGGUAUUACAUUUACCCCGGAUUUGCAGCACUUUUCUUUGUGCUGUUGCUCAUUAUUUUUCCAAUAUGCUUCUGCAUCUGCGCCUGCAAUGGGACCUGUUGCCGAACGUGUUGUUUUCCAACGAGUGCUGCGCAGCAUUAUAAUGGCCCCAGUUGCUUGUACCUUGCCGCCGUUAUUGCCAUACUUUGGGGGGCUGGAUCGAUGGUGGCCAUUAUUAUGGGUGCGCAUACCAUGCACACAGGCGUACAAGAUGCAGUCUACAACGCAAAGCACACAACCGCACCUUAUUUUAAGAACAUCGCAAAACAAGUUGAACAAUAUACGAUGGUUGAUGGCGUCAUAUUGCCCAUUAUUGAAAAAGAAACUCAGGUUGUUGUUGACAUUUAUGACACUGUGAUGAGGAAUAUUGAUGAUUUUGAUAGAAAGUACUUGAAGUACUUGGACGAUGCCGCGAUUGUCUCAUAUUCUCUUGGAUGGAUGCCGUUUGUGUUGUUACUAUUUGCUCUUUUCUUUGGUUUGUGUCGCAUCUCACGUUGUCUCCCGGCAUGUUUUUCCUGUGUCUACUACUUUGUGGGGCUUGUAUUUGCGCUGUUGUCUGUCAUAUUUCUGGUUGCAGCGUACUUCGGCAGUGCUCUGAACGGUGAAUUGGAUCGCCAGCUGGCGCGACAGCCUGGUAUACUGCAGUGGUAUGUCGUACCGUACUUUGAGAGUCAUUUCAACGCCCAGGUUAUGCAACUUGACACAAGCAUUGAGGGCCUCAUUAGUUUGCAUGUGGCGGACGCGUGCACGGAGAUCAACGAAUACUGCGAUAACAAUCCCGUUUUCUCAGACCAAAAGCCAUUCUUUUGUACUUCCGCCGUAAAAUGCGAGACGUUUUAUGAAUUAUUGGAGCAGGUGUCGACGGUGCCUGUGAAGAACCCCAAUUUCUGUACACCAGCCCCGGAUGCUUCUCCGAGUGACGCAUCCUGCACCAUCGCCCUUUGCGCGACAAACUGCUUUGACAGGGCGGGGGUGCCAGAUGUAUCCGCGGCCCGCACCGCGAGCGUGGAUGUCAUGAAAAAUUUACAGGUCUCCAAGAAUGCUACCAUUGCACGAAAUCUGGUGAAUCCACUGAUGGAUCCCGACAUGAUUGCUGACAUUCUGCUUUUGUCGACGGGACCAUUUACAGAACUUAGCGAGGGGUUCUGGAUGGCCGGGACGGGAUACUUCAUUUCAAUCCUAGUCUUUGCACUUGGCAUAUACACCAUGCUGCGCGGCAGAGUUGUAUGGGGAGAAUACGUAGACAGAAAAAAGGCGCAUUGA